CACAGAGGCACACGAGCUACAGGAAGUACUGUCAAAGCAUGAGGAGGUUUUCAAACAAGAACUAGGCAUGUUAAAAGGCAUGAAGGCAACAAUCCGCGUGUCCGUGGAUGCCCGUCCAAAAUUCUAUAGGCCCCGUUCAGUUCCGUAUGCCAUGAGGGCGAAAGUAGAAGAGGAGAUAGAUAGGCUCCUGAAAGAGGGCAUCAUAUCACCUGUCAAGUACGCUGAGUGGGCGGCGCCGAUUGUUCCUGUGUUGAAGCCGGAGGGCACCAUUAGAAUAUGUGGCGAUUACAAACUAACAGUAAACAGCGCCUCCUCACUAGAGCAAUACCCGAUUCCUCGUGUUGAGGACCUGUUCAAUACACUGGCAAGAGGGACACGUUUCUCGAAGCUCGAUUUAAGCCACGCCUAUCAGCAGAUCGUGAUGGAUGAUGACUCCAAGAAAUACCUAACAAUAAAUACACACAGAGGCCUUUUCACCUACAAUAGGCUUCCAUUCAGAGUCUCAUCCGCUCCAGCCAUAUUUCAGAGAACAAUGGAGAGUUUGUUACAAGGUCUGCCCAGAGUAGCUGUUUACCUUGACAACAUAUUACUGACUGGAAGAGACACUGUAGAGUAUCUGAGCACACUGGAUGAGGUACUCAGACGACUGAAGGAGGCAGGACUGCGACUGCGCAGAAGCAAGUGUGCAUUCUUGCAAGAUCAGGUUGAGUACUUGGGUCACAAGAUUGAUGCUGAAGGCCUGCACCCAGUGCAAAGCAAGGUAACAGCCAUCGAGGAUGCUCUGCUGACUGAGCUGAAGGCAUAUCUUGGCCUUUUAAACUACUAUAACAAGUUCCUCCCUAAUCUCGCCACACGCUUGGCACCAUUACACAGAUUGUUAAGAAAAGACAUUCAGUGGACGAAGAAAGAACAGGAAGAAGCGUUUUGUUUAUCUAAACAGCUGCUAAAUCAGCAGGUCCUGGCUCACUAUUCAGCAGACAAAGAACUUGUGCUGGCAUGCGACGCCUCACCGUACGGAGUCGGCGCCGUGCUGUCACACAUCAUGGAAGACGGAAGUGAAAAACCCAUAGGCUUCAUGUCACGCACGCUGACGCCAGCUGAAAAGCGUUACUCGCAGCUCGACAAGGAAGGGUUAGCCAUCAUAUUCGGAAUCAAGCGAUUUCACAAGUAUAUCUAUGGACGAACGUUCACUAUCAGCACUGACCACAUGCCAUUGAUCUCGCUUUUCCAUGAACAGAAGCCGGUGCCACAGAUGGGGUCACCAAGAGUGCAACGGUGGGCAAUACUUCUGAGAGCGUACGAGUACAGAAUGGUGUACAAGCCAGGCAAAGACCACGCAAACGCAGACGCAUUGAGCAGGCUGCCACUGCCACACACCGAAGAGGAGGAUGACACAGGACAGGUCCUCAUGCUGGAUGUGUUGGAAGACCCACCCAUCAAAACAGCCCAAGUGAAGCAGUGGACUGCAAAAGAUGAAAUAUUAUCACAAGUGCUUUUGAAUGGGUGGCCAAAAGAGGUGGCUUCAAUGUUCAAGGCUUACAGCCAGAGAAGGCUUGAACUCAGUGUCAGUGAUGGAUGUGUGCUCUGGGGAUCUAGAGUGGUUGUUCCAGAGAAGGGGAGGACCACCCUUUUAAAACAUCUACACUACACGCACCCUGGCGUCUCCAGGAUGAAGGGCUUGGCACGUUCAUACGUGUGGUGGCCAGGAAUGGAUGCUGACGUAGAAAGAGAAGUACAGUCCUGCCACACAUGCCAGGAAAACAGAAAGGCUCCAGCUGCAGCUCCUCUCCAUCCCUGGGAGUGGCCAGAGACACCCUGGAGCAGAUUGCAUGUUGAUUAUGCUGGCCCUCACUUAGGCAAGAUGUUUCUUAUAGUUAUCGAUGCACAUUCAAAAUGGCUUGACGUGUAUCCAACAAGUAGUGCAACAAGCCAAGUCACUGUUGAAAAACUCAGACAGUGCUUUAGCACACAUGGCCUGCCUCAGACAAUAGUAUCUGACAAUGGCACAUGCUUCACAAGCCAAGAGUUCGAAGCAUUCCUGAAACAGAACGGUAUACAGCACGUAACAUCUGCACCCUUUCACCCGGCAUCAAACGGCCUAGCCGAAAGAGCCGUGCAAACGUUCAAACAAGGAAUUAAGAAAACAAAAGGGGAUACUUUGGAAACAAGAAUAGCAAGAUUUCUGUUCAAUUACAGAAUCACACCCCAAAGUACGACUGGCUUGUCUCCAGCUGAAAUGCUGAUGUCUAGGAGACUGCGUUACACACUGGAUCUUCUGCUGCCCGAUGUGAAGUCAAAGAUUCGGAAGAAACAACUCAAACAGAAAGCACAACAUGACUUACACAGCAAAUGGAGAAGCUUCUCUCCUGGUGACGACGUGUACAUCCGAAACUAUGGUUACGGACCAAGGUGGAUCCCAGCCGUCAUUGAGACGAACACAGGGCCUGUCUCAUAUACGGUGCAGACAGGAGAUGGACGCGUCAUGAGACGUCACGUGGACCAGAUCCGUAAACGUCACGCGCCAAUGACCGAGACAUCCAUGCCGGACAUGACACUGGAGCCCAUGAGUCUUCAGGUUCCAGAGAACGCAGCAGAGGCUUUGACCAGAGACUCUGCUGUUCCAGCGUCAGUGGGAGGGGAAGGGAGUGAGCCCAAUGAAAUGGCCCUGGUUCACCCUCCAGCUGAUCCACCAGAGACGAGUGCAGACUCACCACAGAUGCUGCGACGCUCUGAGCGCACAAAAAAGACUCCAACUUAUCUGAGAGACUUUGUGAAAUAGUAGUGAGCUCCCUCAAGCAAGAGAAAGAAUGCGCUCUGGGACUCACUGGAAGGAUGGUAGUCCACCCACCUUAGUUAUUGUUUCUGAUGUUUCCUAAUGUUCAAGGCACAACACCUGUAAACACUGCCAUUGAUGUACAGGCUAAUGUUGUGUUUUAUUUUAUUUUAUUUAGAUUAUCUUGAUAGUUAAAUCAUACUGAAUGUUACUGCCAACAGUAUAUAGUGAGCAGGUAAGGCUCACGGUUAAUGUUGAAGCUC